CAAAUGUGUUUUUAAACACCUGGGCCAUGAGCCAGCUGAGCAUCCAACGCACACGCACCCGCACACUUCACAGCUCGCACACCGCCACCCGGCAAAACCAAAGUAGAAACGGUUCCCGUACUGUUCUGCUCCCCCGGUCGAGCAGAGGUGACCAGGGCCUCAUGCGUUCUCCCAAGCAACCGGCGAAGCUCGUCAUGCUUUUACUGUUGGCACUGCUGCUGCUCUGUAACGGAGUUGGCAACGUCCAUUGCACAAGGAUCCACGAGAACAGCGUCGAUCUACACGCGCUGCUAGACUUCAAGCAGGGCAUCAACAAUCCUCAGGAAGCCUUGAGCAAUUGGAGCACCACCACCCACUUCUGUCGAUGGAAUGGUGUCAUCUGCACCACGACACGGCCGUUUCGUGUCUUGUCGCUUAUACUCACUGAAUUGGACUUAGCAGGCCAAAUCAGCUCCUCUCUUGGAAACUUAACCUUCCUUGAAACGCUUGACCUUUCAUAUAAUAACUUCGUUGGUCCCUUACCUGUCCUUGGCCAUCUCCAACAACUCCAGACACUUUCUCUGAACAACAACAGUUUAAAUGGGAUGAUUCCUGAUUCACUUACCAACUGUUCCAGCUUGGACACUUUAGAUCUCUCUGUAAACUUCCUAGUGGGUCCAAUUCCUCCGAAUCUGGACUUGCUUUCAAAUCUGACUUACUUAGAUCUAUCUAGAAACUUGCUAGUGGGUCAAAUUCCUCUGAAAAUAGUUUCUCUACCAAAGCUGGCCACAUUAGAUCUCUCUACUAACAUGCUAGUGGGUCAAAUUCCUCCGAAGUUAGGCUUUGUUUCAAGUCUAGAAUACUUCAGUUUGGCAUCAAACAAACUCGAGGGAAGCAUUCCUAAUGAGCUUGGGCAAUUGCCUAGUUUACAACACUUGCUCCUGGGAGACAAUAAUCUUUCAGGUGAAUUCCCGCAUUCCAUCUUGAACCGUUCUGCUUCUCUCCUAUAUCUAGGCUUGGAGCUGAAUAUGCUAGGCAAGGUAUUGCCACCUAAUAUAGGUGACCUUCGGGGUCUCGUACACCUUACAAUGAGUGGCAACAUGUUUGAAGGGCACAUCCCAGCUUCCCUAGGCAACGCCACAGGAUUAAAAGUAAUAGACUUAUCAGCUAACAAUUUCACCGGGCAAAUUCCUAACUCUUUUGGAAAGCUCUCAAAUCUGACUAAUCUAAACCUUCAGUAUAACCAGCUUGAAACAAGGGACUGGGAAUUCUUCAAUGCAUUGACGAACUGUCGUUCUCUAAACUCACUCUCACUGGGUUUCAACCAGCUGCAGGGAUCUAUACCGCAGUCUGUCGGUAACCUAUCCAACAAACUAGAACAACUUACUUUGACUCAAAAUAGCUUAUCAGGACAAGUACCCCAGAGCAUCGGCAACCUUAGUGCAUUAAAUCAACUGGCACUAGGUAUAAACAACUUAAGCGGCACAAUAGAAGGAUGGAUUGGAAACCUAAAAGGCCUUGAAGUAUUAACUCUCCGCUCAAACCGCUUCACCGGCCAAAUCCCACCCUCUAUUAGCAAUCUUACUCGGUUGAUAAAUCUUUAUCUCUAUGAUAAUCAAUUCGAGGGCCUCAUACCCCCCAGCCUGGGAAACCUCCCACUCACACAGCUAGUCCUUAGCUCUAACAAUCUUUACGGGUACAUACCACCCAGCUUAGGAAGCCUCCAACAGCUUACGUCAUUGAAUCUUAGCCACAAUAAUCUCCAAGGUGAGAUACCUCAGAUUAGCGCCCUUAAGCAACUCACUACUUUAGAUCUUUCUUCAAAUAAGCUCACAGGGAGUAUUCCAGAUUCUUUGGGCCAAUGUUACGGCUUACGGAGUCUGCAAAUGGACCAAAACUUUCUGUCAGGAAACAUCCCAAUAGCUUUUGGCAAACUGUUGUCUCUGAGUAUACUAAAUCUAUCACACAACAACUUGUCAGGCACCAUCCCGUCGGCUCUAAACAAACUAGAGUUCCUAAACCAUCUUGACCUUUCAUAUAAUCAUCUUGAAGGAAAAAUACCCAGAGAUGGAGUAUUCGAAAAUGCUACGGCUGUUUCACUUGAGAACAAUUGGGGGCUCUGCGGAGGCGCCGUGGAUCUUCACAUGGCUUCAUGCACAACCAUUUCCAAGAAAGAAGAGGAGAGACGAUACCGUUUGAUUAAAGUAUUGAUUCCAAUAUUUGGAUUCUUGUCACUGGUACUGUUGAUCUACUUUGUACUCCUUGAGAAGAAGAUGCGAAGGGCAAAUGAUACAUCAGCUUCAUUAGGCGAGAAUUUUCUGAAGGUUUCUUAUGCGGAUCUAGCACAAGCCACAUCAAACUUCUCUGAAUCUAACCUGGUUGGGAGAGGAGGUUAUGGCUCUGUCUAUCGCGGAAAGUUAAAGGAUUCUAAGGUGGAAGUGGCCGUCAAGGUUUUUGAUCUUGAGAUGCAUGGAGCUGAGAGAAGCUUUCUGAAAGAAUGCGAGGCACUGCGAAGCAUUCAGCAUAGAAAUCUUCUUCCCAUCAUAACUGCUUGCUCGACGGUAGAAAAUACAGGCAAUGUUUUCAAAGCUUUAGUUUAUGAGUUCAUGCCUAAUGGGAACCUAGACACAUGGCUGCAUCACAGAGAGGACGGGAAGGCUCAUAAACAUUUAAGCUUAGCUCAAAGAUUAGACAUAGCUGUUAACAUGGCUGACGCACUGGAUUAUCUACACCAUGACUGCGGAAGACCCACCAUCCAUUGUGACCUGAAGCCCAGCAAUAUUCUUCUGGAUGAUGAUAUGACCGCUCUUUUAGGAGACUUUGGUAUUGCAAGUUUUUACCAAGAUUCCAGGUCAACAUCACCUGGUUCAGUGAGUUCAUCAUCAGUCGGUAUGAAGGGUACUAUUGGAUAUAUUGGUCCAGAGUACGCGGGAGGUGGCCGCCAUGCAUCAACUUGCGGAGAUGUUUACGGUUUUGGGAUAAUACUGCUGGAAAUGAUGACCGGAAAAAGACCAACAGAUCCAUUGUUCAAGGAUGGAGUUAGCAUUGUCGACUUUGUGAAGAGCAACUUUCCACAUGAAAUAGUUCGUGUCAUUGAUGCUAAUCUCAGUGAAGAAUGCAAGGACAUUGCUCAAUCAAAGAAGAUUUCAGAAAAUUCAGUUCAUCAAUGUUUGCUAUCUGUGCUGCAACUAGCACUUUCCUGUACGCACCCAGUACCAGGCGAAAGAAUGAAUAUGAAAGUGGUGGCCAGCAAAAUGCAUGCAAUUAAAACAUCCUAUGGGGGCUGCAAUGCGCAAGAGUGAAGAGUGUCCUUCACUAGAAUUAGAGUGACUGCGAACGUGCUAUGUAAGUGUAACAUUGUAACCAGCAUAAUGAAUCUGUAGUGUACACUUACAUGUGUGUAUGUAUAUAUAUUUAAUAUAUUUUGUGUACUCCUCGGAGUAUAUGUACGCCUAUAUUUAAUACCAGAACGGUCAAGCCAUGGACAGACGCUGGGGCAAUCAGAGGAAUACCAGAACGGUCAAGCCAUGGACAGACCAGAGAUGAAAGGACGAGAUGAUUUCUUGGAAGGAGAGGACCAGGAGGAAGAGAAAGAGAUGGAACUUGCUAAGGUCAAUCUGGAGGAGGCCGGUGUGUUCCAGGACCAAGUGUUCGACAAUAAGAACGUGCAGAAGCAUGUUGAGGAGGUGGAUGAUGAGGACCUCAUGGAAGGUAUGGAGGCAACCGACCCAGGGGCCGCCGGUCAACUGACGGGGCCAAGUGUGGCGCCCCGUCAGGAGCAAUGAAUUCCAUAGUGUGGAACUGCCGUGGUGCGGGGAACGCCUCGACAGUUCGCGACAUCGUGGCUCUGACUCGAGCCCAUUCCCCAAGUAUGGUUUUCUUAUGUGAAACUAGACAGCAAAAGGAUAAGAUGUAUCGUCUUCGUAACAGAAUUGGUCUACGUGGCUUUGAAGGAGUUAGUAGUGAGGGUAAUAGUGGAGGUCUAGCCUUGUUUUGGGAUGAGUCCUUGUACGUUGAUAUUCGUGAUUGCAAUAAAAGAUGGAUUGAUGCGUA